CGAUCGUCACUUCAGUGAAGUUUCUGUGGUUUGACAACAUUCACAUGUACUCAUCAUGACCCAAGGAUCGCUUUCAGAAGAAGCGCUGCGCCAGAUUCGUCUGUUCCGCAGGCAAUAUCUGCAGCUUCUCGACGCUCAGAAUUUGGCUUGGCCUUCCUCAGAAACACUUCGCUCUUCCCAAGCACAAGAAUGGAUAUACGAGCAUCUCUUCCAAACAGACGAUGUCUCUCGCUUCCUACCUCCAGAGAGAUAUCGUCUCCUUAUUUUGAAGCCGCUCAUGUCUAAGAUUGAAAACUCUAUUGUAGAUCCAGAAGAAGAUGAAAUAUCAGACAACCUCAUGUCCACCUUGGCUGAACUCAUGUUUUCCCCCAUGCCGGAUGAUGCUACUGCCGCUCAACAGAGGAACUGGGUGACCUAUACGCCUCUGUCUGAAGAUUCUCCCUCACUGGAUAAAGAGCCAGAAUUGAAGCUACUAGAGAAUCGUGCAGUUAUCUCGGGUGCAGGUACUACCGGUUUGCGUACUUGGGAGGCGGCACUUCAUCUUUCCUCAUACCUCAUCUCAACGCCCGAAUUGAUCGCGAGCAUAAAGGGCAAGAGAGUGAUUGAGCUUGGUGCUGGGACAGGGCUAUUGUCCAUCCUGUGCGCUAGUCAUCUUGGUGCUUCUCAAGUAGUAGCCACUGAUGGUGACGAAGGUGUCGUUCAGGCUCUACACGAAAAUGCUGCCUUCAACGAUGUCAAGGAUGCCAUGGACAUUGGAGUGCUUUGGUGGGGUCGAGCUUUGAAAGGAUCAUGGAUGUUUGAGAAAGACCCAUCGUUCUCCUGCGAUCUUGUGCUUGGUGCUGACGUGACAUACGACAAGGCAGUCAUACCUGCUUUGGUGUCGACCAUGAGAGACAUGUUCGAAGUCUGGCCUCAUGUGCAAAUCAUCAUAUCGGCGACUAUCCGGAACAGUGACACUUUUGCCGCUUUCGAGUAUGCUUGUGCACACAACGAGUUCAAUGUCCAUGAGGUGGAUUAUCCUUUGAUCCCCAUGGAGCAGCAAACAUCUCUUUUCCAUUCGACUGCAGUUCCUAUCAAGAUAUUCUCUAUCACCGCGCCAGCGAAGCAACGAGAUCCUUAUGCGAUCUAGAGCAUCUGCAAACUCGGUCUCUCCGUCUUGAGCUCAAGCAGCGUCCGCGAUUCUUCGAAUAUCUGCUCUCUCCUCCUCGGUAGUGGUAUUUCUCGGCACUUGCUUGAUAACCUUUGCUGGGUUUCCUGCCACAACCGUGUAUGGCGCCACAUUCUGGAGCACAGGUAUCAGCACACGUCUUUCUCAAUGAGAGUAUGUGGGACGUGGUACAACUCACCUUCGUGACAACGCUCCCGGCGCCUACAGUGCUGCCACGUCCAACGGUGACACCAGGGCAGAUGGUUACGUUACCACCAAUCCACACAUCCUCCUCGAUUGUGAUUGGCUUUCCAG